UUUCUAGAAAGAAAAGUCUCCCUCCUUGUCCAUCUCUCUCUCUCUCUCUUUCUCUCUCUAGAAAAGCUCCUCAAGGCAGGCUCACUCCCACACCUAUCUCGGAUGGGACCUUUUCCAUCAGCCUCAGAGAGUUGCGAGAGAUGCCCAUCGGGAAAUUUCCCCUUCCAGUCCGGCCUCCAUUUCUGGGUUUCCUUCAAUGGGGUCGGUCCGAUUCUUCCUCAAGAACCCGUCUCUGAGACCAUCUUCGCAUGCUGAUUUCUGUCUUGUGCGGGAAUGAAUUUUCUUGAGAGGAGCAACUUCUUUCUCUAGAUAAGACCAGCUUCCAAGCUGCUGAUUCGUGCUCUCUGCGUUUUUUAUUUGUGGGUCGGGGAAGAAAUUGAUGCAUUUGCCUUCCUAUUUCGUAGGAUUUGAUCCGGCUAUUGUGGUGUGGAUCUGAGGAUCUGGUUCUUGUCUUCUUGGUUGUUGAGUUUCUUGAAUAAUUCUGUUAUUAGGAAGCUAUGAACGGUUUCAAGCGUUGUGAAAAUCUGAAGGUUCGAGCUGCUAAUGCCUCAUAAUUAUUUGCCUGAGAGAUCUCAAAUUUCUGCAUACCGAUCAAUCAUGAUAUUGUAUGGUGUGAGCUUUUGAUCAUGUAUAGUUUGUGACGUGCUUGUAUUGAGACAAUUAUGAUUGCUACCUAUCAAUCUGCUUACUCAAUACCUAUUGAUCUAUGUGUAUGCAUGACGAGAAAAUUCUCUUUUGGCAAAAUUAAAGCAGGUGAAUGAUGGUGAACACAUGGGAGUAAUGAUUGGAGUUUGCUGAAUUGCAAAGCUGUGAUUGCUUUUUCCCACCCCUCAUAAGGAAAAGAUAAGGAAGAAACAAAAGACAUGCUUUUUGGCAGAUGGCGGAAGAAACCUAUUUGCGUCGAGAUCUCGAGGCCCUGAGCGUAUCGAGACGACUAGUGAGGAGUGUUAGUCAGAAAUGGAGGAAGAAGAACCGCAAGAGUGAGGACGAAGAAGAUAAGACUACAGGGGUUUCCAUGAGAUGCCUCACUCUGUAUGGAAGAGGUGGGGGUUGUAAAGUGGGAGCCGACACGGGCGAGGAAUACGGGGACCCAAGCAGCCGAAGAAGGUCAAGUGCUAGUGAAGAAGGCAAGGGAGGAAUUGGAUAUGUGACAGCAUGUGCGCCUGAUGAGAUUGGGAUCGGGGUUGAUUGCUUCUCCUAUGGUGUGAAGGAGAGGUUUUGGAGGAGGAGUAACCGGAGGGAUGUAGAACUCGAAGAAACAAUUAGUAAGAUGCAUGUCUUUCUUCCUGAUGAUAUUCUUGAGAUGUGCUUGGUUAGACUUCCUUUGACGAGUUUAAUGAACGCCCGCCUGGUGUGCAAGAAAUGGAGGAACUUGACUUCAACCCCUAGGUUUAUGCAGAUGAGGAAGGAGGGGUUGUAUCAGAGCCCAUGGCUCUUCCUGUUUGGGGCGGUUAAAGAUGGGUAUUGCUCGGGUGAAGUUCAUGCUCUAGAUGUGUCGCAGGACCAAUGGCAUAAGGUUGAGGCUGAGUUUCUUAAGGGAAGGUUCAUGUUCUCGGUCACCAGUAUAAUGGAGGAUGUGUAUGUCGUUGGGGGGUGUUCUAGCUUGUCUAAUUUCGGGCGGCUCGAUAGGAGCUCAUUUAAGACUCACAAGGGAGUUUUUGCAUUCAGCCCGCUAACUAAGUCCUGGAGGAAGAUGCCUUCCAUGAAGUAUGCUAGAUCAGUAGCGAUACUCGGAGCAUGUGAAGUCGGUCCGGGAUCUAUGUUGGGGGGACAGGGCCAUCAAACCCGACAGGACAGAAGGGCCCCUCGAACCCGCCUUGGCGGGGUGUCUGAUGUUUACGAGGAUCCUCACAGGCUUUCAUUGAGACGCCAAAACCGAAACACCCUCGACGAGAAUGAGUUAUCCUCAUUGAGUAGAAAGCCAAACAAAUUUGUCAGGCAAAAGAAUGAGCAGUCGUGCCUAAGGGGAGGCUUUAGGAGGUUUGUGUUGAUUGCAGUAGGCGGGCUUGGCUCAUGGGACGAGCCCUUAGAUUCAGGGGAAAUUUAUGAUUCAGCCUCAAACAAGUGGAUUGAAAUUACACAGUUGCCCCUGGACUUUGGGAUCGCCUGUUCUGGCGCUGUUUGCAAUGGUAUCUUUUAUGUUUACUCGGAGAAUGACCGGCUCGCAGGCUACGACAUCGAGAGGGGAUACUGGAUCCAGAUCCAAAUAGGCCCAUUCCCUCCGCGAGUCCAUGAGUACUACCCCAAGGUCGUUUCCUGUAACAGACAGCUCUUCAUGCUCUCAGUUUCUUGGUGUGAGGGCGAUGGGCAGAUCGGUCGAAGAAACAAGGCUGUGAGGAAGCUCUGGGAAUUGGACCUCAUGUAUCUCAAAUGGAAGGAGGUCUCAGUCCACCCUGAUGCUCCAAUGGACUGGAAUGCCUCAUUUGUUGGUGACCGAAAUAUGAUUUUUGGGGUCGAGAUGUUUAAGAUAUUUGGUCAGCUUUUGGACUUCAUUACGGUGUGGGACGCAUCGGCUGCAGGACCAAGCUGGCGCCAUGUGUCGAUGAAUCGGAUGGCCCAGGAAGUGGACGCAUCAUCAUGUGUGACGAAGACUUUAGUUGCAGUGUAUUUGUAACCAAGGUUCUAUCAGGUCCGGGAUUCGGGCCAAGUAUAUGCUGCGUUGGGUCCCCAUUUAUUCUUGAGGGGGAGCUCGCGAGUUGGAAAGAUUGACGAGAUCAUAUGGAUAUCCCCAUUUGCUUUCAAGGUGAGUUCCCUGCUUGGAUCACAUUGGCGGUGUAGCUUUUGCUGUAAUUUUCAGCAUGAAAUUGAUCUUGUAUGCCUGAUCUCGAUUGUGUUGACAGACUUCGAUUUGAUGCUUUUGUUGUUGAAAUUCAUCCAUUCCAUUGAUUUUGUUUCAAGUUCUGGGUUUCACCACGCCAGAUUGCAUUUACAUGUGGAAACCUUGGUUUAUUAAUUAUGUCUUGAAUGACUGUUGCCUGUGGUA